UUUAAAUAAUGAGCAAUCACGAAGAUGAUUUAGAAGUACAAGAGCCAGUUGACCAAUAAAAGGAAGAUGAAUCCCAAAAGAAAGGAGGUACGUUAUACAAGUAACUCUCAUAGGCACUGACAAUAAGCAUUAACUUAAAGAUAUUGAUUUGUCAUCAAUUUUCGUGAGAAAUUUGGAUGAAAACACAACAGAAGAUGAUCUUAAAGAAUAUUUCAAGGAUUGUGGAAACAUAGUUAAAGUAAGAUUAAAAUAAUAGGUUAGGUGACUUUAAGAAGUGAUAAGAACACUGGCACUCUUUAUUCAUAUAUACAAUUUCAAGAUUAAAAUUCAGUUGAGGAUGCUUUGGUAUUAAGUGAAGGUAUCAUUAGAGGAAAGAAAAUAUUGGUAUUCAUUCAUUUCUAGAAAUAGGUGUUCCAAAAGAGAACAAAUUUAAGAAAUAGAGGAAGAGGAAAUCGAGGCGGAAGGGGAUAGCGUAUUUACAAAUCUCUAUAUUUUAGCGUUUUAAUAUAUUACAAGAGGAAGAUAUUUGUAUGCAGAACCAAUAAGAGGAAGAGGUGCUUAUCGUGGUGGCAAAUGAGAUAUUUUCACAGCCACCAUUGUAUAUUAUUACAAAAUAAAAAAAAUA